CUUGAUUAGCUGAAUCAGGUGUGUUUAAUUAACAAUCAAACUAAACUGAAACUGGGUUGAGUAUUUAUAAGCUUUAUUGCCAGCUAAGCGUCGAUACUUCCCUAUUCUGAGGUGUUUUCUCAUGAGCAUUUCUAGACGUUAGCUGAAGCAUGCUGUUCACGCUUUCAUUUUUCUGCCUGCUCUCUCUGACAGCGGCAGCUACUAAAGUGGCUCUCGGCGAUAAAGUCCUUCUGUUUCCCACCAAGACCAACACCAGUUAUGUUAAACUCACUCCUGCGAAGCCUCUGAGUCUUUUGUCGUUCACUCUCUGCAUGCGUGUCUCGACGGAGCUCCAGGGCGAGAGGGAGAUCAUUCUGUUUGCCUACCGGACGCCUGACGCUGAUGAACUCAACGUGUGGAGAGAGAAAGAUGGCCGUUUUUCCUUGUAUCUUCAGUCUAGUAGUGAUGCAGCACUCUUCAGUCUCCCUCCUCUCUCCACCUUCCAGACUCACCUGUGCGUCACCUGGGAGUCUGGGACCGGUCUCACUGCCUUCUGGGUGGACGGACGUCGCAGUGUAUUACAGAUCUAUAGAAAAGGACUCUCGAUCCGUCCUGGCGGCACCGUCCUGCUCGGACAGGACGCUGAUGACUAUGUAGGUGCCUUUGACGCGGAGCAGAGUUUUGUGGGAGAAAUGACUGAUGUGAAACUGUGGGACUACGUCCUCUCUGGAAGUCAGAUUAACGCGGUUUAUUCAAACAAGGAACUUUACGUGCCGAAGGGGAACGUGUUUGACUGGAACACCGUCAAAUAUGAGGUUAAUGGAGACGUGCUAGUGGUGCGAGAGGACUGAUUCUGAAUCAAGUCGUAUAAUCCAUUUUGUCUGUUUUUAGCCUAACAAAUAGGCUGAUGGUAAAACACUAAACUUUCCGCAUUACAA